CGUGCGUAACUCAACAUUAAUCGAAGGUGUCAAGACUCAAGACUCUCAUCCUCCUCAUUUGCCAAUAUCCCGAAAAACCUAAACCCUAAACCUUCGAAACCAAACAACAAUGGCGGACGUAGUACAAUUAAGACUAGAGCGAAUGAUUCCAGACCUAGACGACCUGGAGAAAAGAGGUCUCUUCAAUAGCAGAGAAAUCAAUGAAAUUGUGAAAAAGAGAAGAAAAUUUGAGUACAGACUCCAAAGACCAAGCCCUUUGAAGCAAGAUUUCUUAGACUAUAUUGAUUACGAGAAACAGCUUGAUCGACUCCGUCUUCUUCGGAAGAAGUCUGUUUCUCGGGAGCUCAAGGAUAAAGGGAAUAAAAAGCUCAAGAAAUCGCGGUCCGAUGUUGCCGGUGUUCGACGGAUUAUUGAGAUUUAUCGCAUUGCUACUAGCCGCUUUAAGGGUGACCUUGAUAUUUGGUUUCAGUAUUUGGAGUUUUGUAAGGAAAGAAACAAUGGCAGGAUGAAGAAGGUCUUGGGUCAAGUCAUCAGAUUUCAUCCCAAAGUACCUGCAGUUUGGAUCUAUGCUGCUGCGUGGGAGUUUGACCAUAACUUGAAUGCAAAAGCUGCACAUGUCCUCAUGCAAAUGGGUUUGAGAUCUUGCCCAACUUCCGAAGAUCUUUGGGUUGAGUUUCUGCGCAUGGAACUUACUUGCCUUAAUAAGUUGAAAACACGUAAAGUUAUUUUAGGGGAAGAUGACGGGACACUGAUUCAUGACGAUAAAGAUGUUGAGGUGAAGCAGUGGCAAGAUGAGAACAAAGAUUUAUUCAUGGCUCUUGAAGAAGUAGAAGGUGAAGGUGCUCAAAAGGAAGAAUCAAGCAAGAAAUUGGAUGUUUUCCGUGAACAGGGAUUUAAGCUAUUCCAGAAAAUAUAUGAAGGUGCUAUUGAUGCUAUUCCAUCUAGUUUUGGUUUGAGGAAGAAGUUCCUUGAGAUAGUGGAAGUUACAGACUUGGCACAUUCAGAAGAAAUGCGAGCUGCGAUAAUGGCUGACAUGAGGAGAGAUUUCUCAAAUGAACCUGUAUAUUGGAGCUGGCUUGCCCAGAUUAAAUUAAAAGAUCCACAAUGUACUCCAGAUAUUAGCACAGAUAGUGGGCGUUCCCAGGUGGAAGAAGUCAUUAAGGUAUAUGAAGAAGCUAUACAGUCAAUUUCAUCUGUUGCUAUGUUUGACAUGUACGUAAAGUUUUUAUCUGAAGUCAUCAGUCUAAAAGGAGAAAUGGGAAGUUCUGGAUGUUGCAUUGCAUCAAAGGAUGCAGGAGACUAUAUAUCACACCUGAUUAAGGUCUUUGAAAAAGCUGAUACCUUAGGGUGUCUUGAUGAAGAUCUUGCCUGUCAGUAUGUAAUGUUGUACAAGAAUAUGGGUAAAUUUGACGAAGCGAUGAAAUUAGCAGAGAGUUUCUGUGAGGGAAAAUAUUCAGAUUCAAGACAAUUGUGGGUUCUAAGGGUCACAGAACAAAUGAAACACAUUAAAGAAUCUGGUACUUCUUGUAAGGCUCACCUUUCAUCUAUCUUUGACCUCUUGAAAAGGUUGGUGAAAAAAGUAGCUGUCUCUGAUGACGAGGGCUUGUGGGUCAUGGCUCUUGAGCUCUUUGCAAAUGACAAAAAAUACUUUGGCAAGUUGGUAGACCUUGCCCUUGUUUCACUGGCUAAAGAUGGAGGCCAGGAUGAAGGAUUCUCUCUCUCUGCUGUUCUCGUUAACUUUAUUUGGCAGAACAAUGGUAUUCAACAAGCAAGAGACUUCUAUAAGCGAAUUCUUAAUUUACCUCACCCAGGAGUAGCCAUUCACAAGUACUGCAUUGAGCUGGAGAUCUCAUCUGGUGACAAAGAUAGUCUUUCGAAUGCUCGUAAGCUAUACAAAUGUGCACUUGCAACUGAUAGUGAGGACAUCAGCCUGUGGCAAGAAUAUUACUCAAUGGAGACACAGCUGGGAACAUCCGAAUCUGCCAAUGCUGUAUAUUGGCGUGCAAAGAAGAUGCUUGGGGAUGCCUCGGUGCUUGCUGCAGUCGUACAAUAAUGUGCUUGUACAUACACAAUUAGUAAGCUAUUUUAACUUUCGAAGAGAGGUCAAGAAUCUAAACCAUAGGAGCUGACCCUUGUAAAAGUUUUGAGCAAGUUAGUAGUUUAGAAUUUAUUCUUUCGUGAAGCGUGUAGACGAGUAACAAUGUUGAGCAUAGAAACAACAUAUUUAUAGGACUUAAGUCCUGCUUGUGGGUUUUGUGGACACCACUUGUUUUAAUGCACCUUUCAGGCUUGCUAAAACCUGGAAGUGCUGCUAUACAAUUUAGAAGUAGAACCAAUUGCUUCAUGUCAAAUGGACUUGUAUAAUAUUCUUUUUUCUUUAUUUAUCCA